UUCAAUUUAUCCAAUUGCAACAUUCUCUUUACGCAAUGAGGGGAGGAUGGCGUAUGCGAAAAUCAUACUUUAGGAUGACACAUCCCCUCCUCUUUUGUUUCCUCCCGUUUCUAUACGAGAAAAAUGACACAACUUUCGAAUUUCACUGCAAUCGUGUGGGGAUGGUGGGGUUCUCUCCUAUAACAUUUCUUGCUUUCUUCCCCCAUCGAUGUCAUCCUUUGGGUGAUAGUUGCACUUGACAACGGUUGCUGCAUUGCCGUCGCAUCGCAUUCGAAGCCCAGUAAACACGACUUUUAUAAAACAAAAGAAAUCUUGUUCUGGAAGUACAUGUACUCCUCACUUGUCUUGGAUUACAUCAUCACCAUUCCCAACGAUGACAUUUGUCCUUCUGCCAGCAAUCGGUUAUCUUGCAAUCUGCAAAAGAACUCUGAUCACGUGAUACAAUUCUCUUCUUAUGUCCUGCAUAUGUGCCCCUGUAAGAAGAGAUCGCCUUAAAAAAAAUUUCACACUAUUCUUACAACCAAACAAGUCAGUAUAGAAGUAUUAGUUUGAAGAAACAUGGAUGAAACCAUCACAGAAGCGGCUAAGACACAGUCCACAUAUUCCUUUCUAUAUACUUCAAUAGCGCAAACUCAUUUAGGUGAAGUUGCAUCAUGUAUUAUAUCCUGUCUUAUUUCUAAUGGUCGAUUAACCAGUAAGGAGUUGAGUCAACGAACCAAGAUCCCGUUGAAAUCAAUCAAAUCUGCCUUGGUUUCACUUGUGCAAUUGAACUGCGUAUACUAUUGGACUAGUAAGGACUCGGCUAAAACCGUGCAUUACUCGCUUAAUGAGUCGGGAUUGUUGGCAUUCAUCCACUCAGGUGAUAUUAUCCAGCAUAUUAAGGAAAGGUACGGCGAUGAUGCCGCGGAAAUUAUCCAGAACGUGUUGAUAAAUGGCCAUGUUAAGGUUGAAGACUAUCUUGGACAAUAUGAAGAUCUUGAAGUUCGUAUGGAGAAGCAAACGUUGUUUUUCAAGUUGUUCUCCGAAAGAUGGCUUGUGAGGUUACAGCCAUUCAAUUUCAGCCCUAUUGACGACAUUUGGCAGGAGGUAUUUCAAGAGUGCUUGACAAACACCCCUAGAACCACUACUACUUCAGAAAUCAAACGGGUUGCGGAAGCUAAAGAAAAAGCAAAGGCUAAGUUGACUACAUUGUUAGAAUCAGGACAAUCACCACAAGACUUGUAUGAUUCAAAAGAUGGGAUCAAAAAACUACAACCUCAUAUCAUAGUUACGUUCAAUGUCUCCCGAUUUCAAAAACAUUUAAGAACAAAUUCGUUGGUUAAUUUUGCAAAAUCAAGAAUUGGAUUGUUGACUGCAAAAGUUUAUGAAGCAGCCUUAAAAGUGGUGGAACAAAAUAGUCCUGAAUUACGACAUCCAUUUUUGGAAAUUUCAGGAUUAAUUAAUGAUCCUGAAGAAGAAAAGUUUUUCAUAAACUCGAUUGAGAAUAAGUUGGUUGAUGAAAGAAAGAUUGUGUUUAAUAUUCGCGAUGUCAUGAGAACUCUAUCUGAUGAUAUUGACUUGAGAAAUUCCAUAUUAACUCAUAAUUUCUUAAAACCACAACUCAAGAAAAGACCUUUGGAAGAUUCUGAAGAGGAAGCUACUAAAAAAGUCAAGCUUGAAAAUGACCAAUCAGUCACUAUCAAGAAUGAAGGGGAAAGUUCAGAUGUUGGUAAUGGCAAUGCAUUCACUGACAAUUCAGACCCUCAUUCAUUGACAUUAAUUCAACAUCAUCUUAAGUUAUUAACCUCGGGUACAGCCAUUCAAUUUCUUAAUGAAAUCUCACCCGGUACUUUCAGUGUACCAUAUGCAUAUUUAACCAAGCAAAUCAAACAAUACAACUUUGAAUCAUUGAUCAAAACCACACUUGGUCAAGAUGCAUUCAGAAUCUUGAGAUGCUUGAAAUCAAUGAAACUUUCUGAUGAGAAGACUAUUUCCAAUGCGGUUUUAUUAAAAGAAAAGACUGUUCGUAAUGAAAUAUAUCAAUUAGUUAAAGCCAAUUUCGUGGAAAUCCAAGAAGUACCAAGAAGCGCUGAUAGAGCUGCAUCAAAAACAUUCUUUUUAUUCAGGUUUAAAGAAUGGCCUAGCAAUAAAUUUCUUUUGAAUUCGUUGAUUUACUCCAUGGCGGAAAUCAUUAACAAUGUUCAAGAUUUUAAAGCCGAUCACAAAAUCUUGUUGGAAAAAUGUGAGCGUGAAGAUGUUCAAGGACACGAAGAAGAAUUGUUGUUAGAAUCAGAAUUAAAAACCUUGCUUGGUUUGCAAAACAGGGAGAUUAACAACAUUGGUAAAUUUAAUAGAAUAAAAACCCUCUAUGACAUUUUCUCAUUAUAAGAAAGUGUGUGUAUUUAAAUAUAUAUAUGAAUUAUUUAUUCAAUUUUGUGUAUACCAAUAUCCGUAUACAUUUGACAACAACGAGUAAGUUCAAAAGGGAUAUAGUAAAACAUAAUCCUGAAUGAACCUACUCGGCAGAUCUCCCGCCCUUGAACUCAGCAUUAGUAUGAGCAAUUUCAACCACCGGGGUCGACUUCAAUCCCUUGUAUACCAAUUUAACUUGAGCACCUUUGUCCUUGGGGACAUUGUGAGAAAUGUCAAAGUAUUUACGAAUAGCAACCGGCCAAGCAAUCAUAAUUGAACCCAAUAUAACAAUCCAUUGUGCGGACUUAACCAAUUCUCGACUAUAGUUUUGAACCACGUACUUGGUCAGGGGCCACAUCUUUUGGCCCAGGGCUCCGUUGUUGAUAUCAGUUGCAAUUUGUCUUCUUGCAGUAGAAGAGAAGGAGCGCGAUAAGAUUUGAACUGGUUUGAAUCUGAACAUUUUUGUUUUGUUGAUGGAUAUAGAAAGAAAACAAGAAGAGAAAGAUGAACGAAAAAUACGGAAAUUAAACCAUA